GUAAAUUAAGAGUAAUAAUAAUAGCAUAUAUAUAAAUCACACAAAUUUAUACCUCAAAGUCACUUUUAAUAAAUUGAGACUCGUGUUAAGCAAAUAAAGAUGAGUUGUUUAAAAAUAUUAUUACUGGCUAUUUAAAUAUGUAUAUUAUUACAAAGCCUAAGCUAUUGAAGACCAGUACUACUAAUACUACCUUUUUCUCUCUCUCUUUCAAUCUCUAUCUCUUUCUUUCUUUCUUUCUUUUCCUCUCUCUCUCUCGUACUACUCCUGGAAUUAGUUGUAAUAUUAUUAUUAGGAAUAAGAAACUAAGUAGAUCAUAUAUGGAAAAAGAAUAUUUUUCCCAGGAAAAUAUUGAACAUGAUCAUCAUCAUUCUUCGUUUACUAGUUGACCAAACAGAAAUAACCCAAUAACCAAACACCGUGUACCCAGCACUACAAACACAAUUAACCAAAACCAAAAGCCAAACAAAUUCUCCCCACCCAAACAUACUCUCUCACUUGUACGGACACCAAACAAAGAAAGAAACAGAGAAACACCAUUAAUAUUAUAUAUUUAACCUUAUUUAUUUAUUUAUAUAUAUAUAUAUGGAAGGAGAAAGAUCAGGAUCAGUACUACCGAGUUACGACCUUCAGGUGUCGUCGUUUUCAGUGGCUACUACUCCGGCUCUAGCUCCGGCACCGAUCCACGACAUGGGUUUUGUUCACUUCCAAGAUCAUCAUCAUCAUCAUCAUAAUCAUCAUCACAACAUUUAUAGCUUCUUGGCUCCAGCAGCCGCGUCGACUCAACAGCAGGCAGCUGAUCUCAACACCACCACUACUACCGGCUCGGCUUCAACUACGGCGGCUGCAGCUACGGCUAUGGCUGGAUCGAAUUCUGGGUUGGGGUUUUGCCAUGGUGACCAGUUUGUUGGAACUACGACUACUGAUAAUAAUAAUAAUAAUAAUAAUGUUAACCAACAACAAAUGGUGGGAACGUUGGAUCCUAAAGCUAUUAAUGAGGAUAAUUUAACCGGUAAUGCUAGCGAUGGUGGAAAUUCAUGGUGGAGGAGUUCAAGUAGUGCAGAUAAAAACAAGGUGAAAGUGAGGAGAAAACUGAGAGAGCCAAGAUUCUGCUUCCAAACCAGAAGUGAUGUUGAUGUUCUUGAUGAUGGUUAUAAGUGGAGAAAAUAUGGCCAAAAAGUUGUCAAGAAUAGCCUUCAUCCAAGAAGUUAUUACCGUUGUACUCAUAACAACUGUCGAGUGAAGAAGAGGGUUGAACGACUCUCAGAGGAUUGUCGUAUGGUGAUAACGACGUAUGAAGGUAGACACAACCACACUCCUUCUGAUGAUUCAAAUUCAUCAGAACAUGAAUGCUUUACCUCUUUCUAAUUAUUAAUUAAAAUUACAAGAAGAAGAAGAAAAAUUAAAGAAUUCAUUGUAAUAUUCUAUUAUAUUACAAUGUUUUUUAAUUUAAUUAAUUAGCUCAUAUCAUCUAGACCCACUACUCUUUUGUCAAAUUUAUAAUUAUAUUAGAGGGAUUGCCAUCGUCUUAAGUUAUUUAUUUUUAUGUGUACCUUUCAAUGUAAUUAUAAUUACAAACACUACCUAGCUAGGUGUUAUAUAUAUAAUUUAUAUACAAUGUGUUUUUUUUUUUGUCACAAU